AUGAAUGAUGCGACCACGUCUCUGCUCACAGAGCAUUUCAGUUACACCCCUUUAUCUCUCAUAGACGAUGUGAUUAACUCAAUAAAUAACCUGAUCUACCAAGCAAUCUCGAGUCUCGAAUCCGGUCUCCUCUCAACCCCUCCGGAGCGCCUAGGUUUUUCGCAUGCCGCCAACGGUUCCACAAUUCCCGACACCGACGAAGAUGGAAACGUUGUCUACCCAGAGGCGAGGUUAGAGAUAGAAAACGGCUUGCAUCAGCUAGAGACUCUCCUCGAAUCCACGGUCGACAAAGCUUUUGAUAAAUUUGAGAUUGUCGUGCUGCGAAACACCUUCAGGGUGGAUGAAGAGUUGCUGGGAUGGGUUCGUCUGAAGCAUUACGAGAAUCUCACCUUGCGCCCUCCUCCUGACGCCCCUACCCCCGAGUCGAUCCUUGCUCAACGCCGAAAGCUGCAAGAAACGAAGAAACUGAACCGGUUGCUGAAACAGGAAUGUGCGCGCAACGACGCGAUCAUCUCCCAGCUACGAUCAAUUGUUUCCGCCGUCCACGCUACCGAUACGUCGAAACCCGCAACUGCGAAGGAGGAAUCCGGGACACCUGCGCCUGAGACCAAUGGUCUGGAUCUGUCGUUCUUGACGUCUAGCCCAGCUGCCCGUCAACUACGAGUCGGCGUUGAUGCUGGCUCCAGCGCCAUUGCCGGCUUUGCAGGCAAUCCUGAAGCGGCUCCGACCUCGCUUGGCGACUUUGCAGAAACCCGCAGAUGGAUCAGAGACCCAGCCAAAACGCGACGAGAGAGCGGAUUACAUUGA